AUGGAAGUCGUCCGCCUGGAAAACCGUCCCGAAGGAGCCAAGUUCGAAGAGGUCCGAGAUCUCGUCUCGGGCGCACGUGGUAAAACGGUCUACGAGACUGGCGAUAUCGACGCCGGUAUCUGGUCGGCUGGUAUCACGGUCGGUCUCAUUCAUGACAUCCCCUCGUGCAAGGAUCUCUGCGCCAACUUCGAGCGCGAUGCCGAGCAGCACAUCAACCGGUUGAGCCAGCUCGUGGCGCAGAAGGGCAGCAGCUCGGCUGGCCGUCCUUCUAAGCUCUAG